AUGUUUUUUGUGGGUUGUGGUUGUGUCAGAAAAAAGUUGAGGAGAUUUUGCAAAGAAAAAACUCUUUGAUUUUCCGCAAUAAUUCACGUUUUGGAAUUAAGUGAAAAGUGUUGGUUGAAAUUGUGGGUGUUUGUCCUGCUUUAGGUGGAAUUUGUGUUGCUCCCAUUGGGGCGCUAUGGGAAGAAAUUAGAGGUAGAAGAAAAAAAAAGGUGAACGCCGUGCUGAGAAAAGAAAAAUGGCUCUGUUUUGACACCAAACUCCGUGGACUUUUUCUUCAUCUUCGCUGCGCCUCUUCCUUGCCAUUUGGGUGCGCCCCCCGUGAUGUGAUUUGGGGCCACGGGAAACUCUUCACGUGCCUUUUUGCUUUCCGUUGGAGGUCACGCGAGUGCUCCGGGAAUACUUUUCGUGUCUCUUGUUGCCCCUUCUGUGUGUCCGGAAGUACCUGUGGCAGCUCCGGGUGAUAGUUCGUGAACCCACGGAGGGAGGAAAAGUGCGGAAUUUCUGGAGAAUUUCGUGGAAAACCGUGAAAAAUGCUGAUUACGUAAAAUCCAUAUGCCCCCAUCAUCAUUGCUAUUGUGUGAGGCAAAUCGAUUUUUUUUUAACUUUGUAUAAAUAAAAAAAAAACAAACUGAAAAGGAUGCUCCGUAUGGCAAAUUCUCAGUCUCUACGGCGACUCUUUAAUCAUUCAUGUAAUUACGAAUGUGUGAGACAAUCAAUACGACAACCUGUGACCCAUUAAUGUGGCCGCCAUAGAUGCAAAACAGAAGAGUAGAGCACAGAGUUGGUUGAAGAGUAAUUAAUAAAUCGUGGCAUAUCGCAAUUGUGAUAAUAAGUAGAGAAAGAGAAAGAGGAAGAAAUUUUUCUUGGGGCAAAAGAAAAGACAAAUCUGAGAGAAAAGAGAGAAAAUGUCUUUUCUAAAUAAUUUGAAGAAGGUCUUCCACCUUGGUGGUGGAGAGGCGAAAAAGAAGCGUCUUUACAAUAAUAUUCGCAUGGAGACGGAUCCAACGGAUUUCUGGGAAAUGAUUGGUGAACUCGGAGAUGGGGCUUUUGGGAAGGUCUACAAGGCGCAGCAUAAGGAGACGGGACGCUUGGCAGCUGCUAAGAUGUGUACGUUGGAAGAUGAGGAGAAUAUAAGUGAUCAUAUGGUUGAGAUUGAUAUCCUUUCGGAGAUUAAGCAUCAAAAUAUAGUUGAACUGUAUGAAGCUUUCUCAUUGGAUGAUAAAUUGUGGAUGCUAAUUGAGUAUUGUGACGGUGGGGCACUUGAUAGUAUCAUGGUUGAGCUGGAGAAGCCCCUAACUGAGCCCCAGAUUGCCUAUGUGUGUAAACACAUGACGGCUGGACUGAAUUUUCUGCAUAAAAAUAAAAUAAUUCAUCGUGAUCUGAAGGCAGGGAAUGUCCUGCUAACAAUGGAUGGUGGGGUGAAAGUGGCUGAUUUUGGGGUUUCGGCAAAAAAUAAGCAUACCCUGCAGAAGCAUGAUACGUUCAUUGGGACUCCAUAUUGGAUGGCACCGGAAUUGGUACUUUGUGAAACUUUCCGGGAGAAUCCGUAUGACUUUAAAGUGGACAUCUGGUCAUUGGGGAUAACACUCAUUGAAUUUGCCCAAAUGGAACCGCCAAAUUCCGAAAUGUCCCCAAUGCGGGUUUUGCUAAAAAUUCAAAAAAGUGACCCCCCAAAACUCGAUCAACCGUCAAAGUGGUCAAAGGAAUUCAAUGAUUUCCUAGCACGUGCCCUCGUUAAGGAUCCCCAGAAUCGCCCUACAACAGACACCCUCCUCAAUUUACCAUUCAUCAGUGGGAAUCUCGAUAGUAAACCCAUCAAGGAUCUCCUCUUGGAAUUCAAAGCUGAUGUCGUUGAGGAAGAGGUACUCGAUGAAGAAACUGAGGAACCCCGCAAUUCAGCGCUCGAUCUUGACGAUGAUUCUUCAUCUGUGCAGAGUCAAGAAACUGAAAAAGUUCCAGAUUCACAAUCAAAAACACCCAAAGACUCCAAAGAGUCAACUCCCGUUCCCGCGGAUGAUGAAGAGAAGCAACGCCCCGAAGAAGCGAAGCAGGAAGAGAAGAAGGCUGUUGUGAAGAAGGAGAAAGGUCCUGCACCUCGUCCACCGUCCAUUGCAACACCACCUGCCACGCCGACGGAUGUGAAGCAGGAGCCUGUCGUUCCAGCUGUUGAUCACCCCGAUACACCGCCCACUGAGCCAGUAACAACCAAAACAACAAAGAAGGACGUAGCACCCAGUCCUCCGGUGUUGAAGUAUGCAAAAGAACAGAGGAAGUCAACGGAAUUGGAGGAGAUUCUCGAAUUACCAGCUGAGACGAUUGAAGCGGAAGCGAGUAAAGAGAAUGCCGACGGGGUUGUUAUUAAGUCAAAUGUAAGCCGUACAGCGAGUUCAAAUGACGAACGUGAAACCCCCUCGCCGUCAUUUUCAAAUUCAAUCGCCGUCAACAGCCCCAAUACGUCAACAGUAACGAUAAAUUCCCGCGAACCCGAUCCGUCCAAUAGUCUAGCCAGCAAUAUAAGUCAAGUAACCGUUGUCACGAGUCAUCCACCCGUAAUCAUUGACAAUUCCAUCCCAUACGUCCCUGAUGCCCAGAAUGAAGUUGUUAUUGUGUCAAAUGAACUCAAUAAGACGCAUGUUAAUGAAAAUUCGCAAGAAGAUGACUUUGUUUCCCUGGAUAGUUUGGAAAGUACACCCAAAAAGCCCGCAACGGGUACAAUUGUACUUGCAGAUAGAUCAGAGAAGAGUGCAUCGAGUAAAACAGCACGGAAACUCGAUGAGAGUGAAGUACUAAUUGUUAGUUCGAGUUUUGUUGAGGAAGAGGAGGAGGAGGAAGAGCAAGAUUCAGCGCUCGAUACGACGCAUGUUUCAGUCGUAACGGUGGGUGAGGAGCAGGUGAAGGUGAAGGAUUCGUCAAAUGUGCCAAAGCAGCCAAAAUACGAGUCCACAAGUGACUUGUCCAAUGUUUCCGUAACACAUAGUGAAUCCAGCGAGGAAGUAAAGUCAAAGCCGUCAUCCAGGGUUAAUGGACAGUGUGUAAUUGUGAAUAAGGAGAAAAAGAAGCCAGAUAAGCGAAAUUCUCCAGAUAGUUCCGUUGGGAGUAUGGAUUCGCGUACACAGAGUGAAUCUGGUUCAAUGAGAUCAGCAACAGCUACGACGAAUCAUCAUCAACACCACACGAAGGAUCGUAGUGAUGCUGAGAGUAUUGCAACAACAGCUAGUCAUGAUAGUCGAGAUGAUGAGAAUGCCGUCAUUGUGCGUCGAACGCGUGCCGAGCAGACAAAGGAGGAGAUUCAUUUGAGGAAUUUGCAGAAGAAAACAAGGAAGCGUACGCGAAAGUUUACAAUUGACGGUGUUCAGGUGACAACGACAACAAGUAGGGUCAUCUAUGGGGACAAUGAGAGUGGGAAGGUGUACGAUGAUCACUUUAUGCGGAAGCAGGAGUUGCGUGAGCUAAAGCUACUGCAGAAGAUUGAGAAGAAGCAAUUUCAGGAUGUGCAAAUUAAGGAGCAAUUGGCGAAGGAGCAGCAGGAAAGGCGCUUCGAACAGGAACAUAUUGCAUUGCAGCGAACGUAUGAGGCGGAUAUGGAUGGGCUGACGCGUCAACAUAGGCAACUCAUUGAAAAGACUGAGCAACAGCAGGAGAAUGAUUUGCGGGCAACAUCGAAGAAGAUUCGUGCUGAGCAGGAGCGUGAUCUGAAGUUGUUCCGUGAUGGGUUGAAGCAGGAGAUAAAGUUGCUGAAGCAGGAGAUUGAUUUGCUGCCGAAGGACAGGCGGAAGGUGGAAUUCCCGAAGCGCAAAGCUGCCAUGGAGGCGGAACAUGAGGAGAAGGAACGGGCAUUCCUGUCGUCGCUAAGUGAGAGUCACGAAAUUGCCCUUAGGCGGCUGAGUGAGAAGCAUCGCGAUCGUUUGGCAACAAUUGACAAGAACUACCUGCAGCAGAAGCAGACGGCAAUGCGAACACGUGAGGCGAUGCUGUGGGAAUUGGAGGAGAAGCAAAUACACGAGAAGCACCAAUUGGCCAAGAGGAGUGUCAAGGAUAUGUGCUUCAUGCAGCGUCAUCAGAUGAUUGUGCGUCAUGAGAAGGAGUUGGACCAAAUAAAACGAAUGCUACAACGAAAGGAAGAGGAUCUCCUGAAGAGGCAGACAAUUGAGAGACGUGCCCUACCGAAGCGAAUACAGAAGGAACGUAAAGUACGUGAUGCAAUGUUCAGGGAAUCCCUCAGAAUAUCAACACAUCUCGAUCCGGAGCACGAAAGGGAGAAGCUAAAGAGGUUCCAAGAGCAAGAGAAGAAGCGCUACAAUCAGGAACAGCAGCGCUUUGAGACGAAGCACAUGAAGCAAUUGGAAGAGUUACGUGCAACAGCUGAAGGGACAAUCAGGGAAUUGGAACAGCUGCAAAAUGAGAAGCGUAAGGCUCUGCUUGAGCACGAAACGGCAAAAUUGCGUGAAUGCGAUGAGGCUCUCCAGCGUGAUUUGCGUGAAUGGAAGGCACAAUUACUCCCACGUAAACAGCGUCUCGAGGAAACUUUUGCUCAGCAACUUGAAGAAAUGGAAGCCCUCUAUGGAGGUAAUUUAAUUGUUCCACUUCCAACUGAUUCCUCUCCACGGGAUCUCACUGGAUCCACAAGGAGUAGUUUGUCCUCCUACUCAGAAGGAUGAUGAGCAUACGAAGAUAUGAAGGGAAAAGGUAAAGAAAAAAAUCUUUAAGGAUAAUUAAAAAAAAAAGGUAAAACAAUAAUUUAUAUUUAAUAAAAAAAAAUGGGAAUGUUAGAGAAUGAAGAAAAAAUGACUUUAAGGUGUAAGAUCUUCCUUUCUUUCGUUUUUUUUUUAAUUGAAAAGGUAUUUUUGAAUGUAACGUACAAUAAACAAAAGAAAAGAAAACAGAACGAAAAGAAAAAAUAAUUGAAAAGAAAAGAAAAGUAAACUCUAUUAAUAUGAAAUUAUAUAUUAAUUAAAAAUUACACAAAAUGAAAAGAACCUUACUUAACCAAACUAAUCGAACUAAUUAAUGAAAUAAUUUAUAUUCUAAGAUAGAAUGUUAAGUAAAUCUUUCAGCAAAAAAAAGCUCUUUGUAUCUUUAUAUAAAAAUAAUUUCGCAAUCAUUUUUUUUGCUGAGAAAUGUAAAUAGUUUAAUGAAAUAUUAUUUUUAAAAAAUCUAUUCAAAGGAAAAAUAAUAAAAAAAAAUACGAAGAAAUAAUAUUAGAAAGAAAGGUGAGUAAAAAUAUAAAUUAGAAAUAUAUUUUAAAUGUUAUUUUUCAUUAUUUUUUUAAUUCUAUUUUGUUGUAGAUAGAAUGUAUUUUUUUUCAAUAUAUCUGUUAACUAAUGUUUUUUUUUUUUUUAUUAUAAAAUUAUGGUAUAAAGUUUAAUGAGAUUUUGUACUAUAACUAUUUCACUUUUUUUUCAGUCAAAUUAAGAUUUCUUUUCAGGAAAAUUCUUAAUUUUUCAUUUAUUCUGUUUUCUUUUUAAAAAGAAUAUUCUUAAAAUAUUUUAAUUCAUAUUUCAAAAAAAAAAAAUUCAGAAAUCAACAUAUUAGAAGUUUUUUUUCAGCUUCAAAGGAGUCUAUUCAUUUUACAAAAAAAAAAGAAAAAAUAUUUUAAAUGGUUAUAACUACAAAAUACUCAUACUAAUCUUUAUUUCUUUGCAAUCAAACAGCAUUCCAAAAAAAAAAAUAAGAAAAGUUUGAGAAAGAGGAAAACUUGGUUUUUCUGAGGAAAUGACUUUUUUUUUGAAAAAUUAUUUGAGUAAUUUUUUUGUACUAAUAUUUGCAUUUUAGAAUGUUACAGACUUUUUUUCAAUUAAAAGAUUUUAAAGAAAAAUCAUGAAAUUGUAGGAAAAAUCAAUGCGAAAAGGCUGUUGAGCUACUUGUGAUGAUAUACAAUUUGUAUUUUAUUACAUUUUAUUAACAAAAACAAAUAAUAAUUAAAAAUUAAAUAAAUAAGAGAAAAAAUCAUCGCAAAAUGAAAAGUUAAAACAAUGAGAAAUAUAAAUCAAAAAUGAAAUAGUUAAUCUUCUAAAAAACAAAAGAAAAGAAAUUGCCAAUUUACCGUAUUUAUACGUCGUAUAAGACGUUUUGCUAAAGUCUGUGUUCUAUCAGCAGAAAGAGACAGAAGUAGAAAAGUUUUCUAUCAGUUUAUUUAAAAGGCCUUUUGGGGAUCACUGGACGGCACUAAAUUUACAAAUGAUCAACUCUGCUGAAGAACAUAGACUAGGUAGGUACGUAGAAAGGGUUAGGAAGGGUUAGAAGGUAGAUAAAUUAACAAACAAAGAAAUACUAAAAAGAAAAUAAAGUAGAGAGUGGUUGGAAAAGUAAGGGCGCGUAGGUUUAGUGUAGGAAAAUGUUAAAUUUGCAAAUUCGACUUUUAUACAUACAAAACUUAAUAAACAUAUUUAUGAAGGAAAAGUCAGUUGAAGGGAAUUUUCUUUUGCAAAGUUUUUGCAUAAAAGGACCUUCUACGGAAAAUUAGGAAGCAAUAAUUGAAAGAAAAAAUGUCUUGAUAGGAAAAAUAUUAAAUGAAAGAAAAAAACAAUAUUAAUUCUCAAAUUUUUCAUCAUUUUCAUUUUUUUCCUCCAUAUAUAAUAAAAACUUUGCUUCCAAAAUAUAAACAAAAAACUAAAAUGUAAAUAAAAUAAAAAAUAUAAUUUCAACAAAAAAGAAAUGCAAAUUAUUUAAUAAAAAUAAAAUUAUGAUAAAAUUUGCAUUAAAUGUACAACCAAAAGCAGCGAAAAAUCAAUAAAAAAAACUAUAUCUAAAUAUAUAAAAAUAAUCUUUUGGAGCUUUUUGCUUUUCGUAAUAUUUUCUCUUUUUUAUUUUUCACAAAUUGUAAAUAUUUUGUACUACUUGAAACUUUGCCAUUUUUGCAUUAUCAUUACAUAACUGAGAAGAAAAAAGAUUAACAAAAAAAAAUAUGAAGAAAGAUCAAGUAAAGAAAAUGAAAAAUUUAUUUAUAUUGUCAUAUUGUAUUAAAAAAAAGCAUAUAGAAUUAUUUUUUAGUUAAUAUACAUUAAUAUUCAGAAUAAAUAUUAUUUUAUUAUUAAUAUUGCAA